CGUCAUUGCGGCCAACGAAUUAAUGCAAAGAGCUCUCAUCUUUGAAGAAGAAAAAAAUGCAGGCUGAGGAAUACAAUCGUAGAGGCAAGGAGCUGGUGGACUACAUCACACAGUACCUGGGCUCCAUCCGAGAGAGAAGGGUGAUUCCAGAUGUGAAACCGGGAUACAUGAGGGAGCUUCUCCCCGACACUGCGCCUUCAGAACCCGAGGACUGGGCCAGCAUCUUCAACGACAUCGAGAAAGUCAUUAUGCCGGGGGUGGUCCACUGGCAGAGCCCUCACAUGCACGCCUACUACCCCAGUCUGACCUCAUGGCCCUCUAUGCUCGGGGACAUGCUGGCCGACGCCAUCAACUGUGUCGGAUUCACCUGGGCCUCUAGCCCAGCGUGUACAGAGUUGGAAAUGAAUGUGAUGGACUGGUUGUGUAAAGCGCUGGGGCUGCCCUCGUUUUUCUUGCAUCACCAUCCUGACAGCAGAGGUGGAGGCAUACUGCAGAGCACAGUCAGUGAGAGUACGCUGGUCGCUCUGCUGGCUGCCAGGAAAGACAAGAUUUUGCAGCUGCGUGCCGAGCUCGACCAGGACGUGGACGACUCGGCCCUGAACACAAGACUGGUGGCCUACGCUUCAGAUCAGGCUCAUUCCUCAGUCGAGAAGGCGGGUCUGAUCUCUCUGGUGAAGAUCCGGUUUCUGCCCACUGAUGAGCAGUUGUCCCUGAGAGGAGACACUUUGAAACUAGCCAUACAAGAAGACCGGAGGAUGGGACUGGUUCCCUUCAUGCUCUGUGCAACUUUGGGAACGACAGGAGUGUGCGCCUUUGACAAGCUAUCUGAACUGGGACCAGUGUGCACAGAGGAGGGACUGUGGCUCCACGUUGAUGCAGCUUACGCUGGCUCAGCCUACUUCUGUCCCGAGCUCCGCUGGUCACUGGAGGGGAUUGAAUUUGCUCACUCUUUUGUGUUCAACCCUUCCAAGUGGAUGAUGGUCCAUUUUGACUGCACAGCUUUCUGGGUAAAGGAUAAAUACAAGCUUCAGCAGACCUUCACUGUGGAUCCAGUUUAUCUCAGACAUGAAAACUCACAUGCAGCCACUGACUUUAUGCAUUGGCAAAUUCCCCUCAGCCGACGCUUCCGUUCUCUCAAACUCUGGUUUGUCAUGCGGACCUUUGGACUGAAAAACCUCCAGGCUCACAUCACACAUGGGAUUGAGAUGGCAAAGCUCUUAGAGUCUCACAUAAGGAGUGACCCACAUUUCGAGGUUCCAGCUGAGAGGCACCUUGGUCUUGUGGUCUUCUGUCUGAAAGGAGGAAAUGCUUUGACCCAGGAGCUUUUGAGGAGACUGACCAGGUCAGGCACCAUGUACCUCAUCCCUGCGGACAUCCACACCAAACGCAUCAUCCGAUUCACAGUGACUUCACAGUUCACUACUGCAGAUGACAUCCUCAAGGACUGGGGCACCAUCUCUAAAAUGGCUUCCACUCUUCUGGCCGAGACACGGGAUCGGAAUAAUGCAGACCAACCAAUCUCAGGGGAAGACGAGGUGAUAGGAGCGGGAGCAGAUCAAGACCCCGACUCAGACACCAGGUCUGAUGAGAAGGAGGAUGCCGCGUCCGGGCAGGACAAAGCUCAAGUGGAGCUGUGGAUUGACAAGGCUUGGAUUCGACCCAGGCGAACAAUGCGCUCUCUUAGCUGCAACAGCGAGCCGCUGCCGUACACUUGCACCGGGCCGGUGUCCGGCUAUGACUUUGACACGAGGCCCAGUCUUAAAGAUGCUGCGGAGGUCCUGCCCACGGCAUCGACAGCCACAACAGGAUCCAGUGCUAUGUACAAGAUCACAGAGAUGCCUUCGAAUCUCCUGGGCACGCAGGUCCUGAAAAAGCUGACAAAGUUCUACAGCGUGCCCAGUUUCUGCAACCAGUGGGUGCAGUGUGGUCGGCACCAGCUGUGCUGCCCCGUGAAGGUUUCACAGGCAGCUCAAAAACACUUGUCAUCGAGCUACAGGAGGAUGAACUGUAUGUCGUCUUCUCCCAUAGCCAACACACCCCCCUCUCCUAAUCCACUGGAAAGUGCCUCUGCACCCAAGCUCCUGCAAUGAUCCCCAAAACAGAGCACACUAGCUCAUUUACGCAGUAAUUCAGCUAUUGAUAAUUAAGCAAUUUACUGUUGUAUUGCACAGUCGCCUCUGAGCAAACGGUAGAUCACCACCUAACUAUGUCAGUUAUAUGGGAUCGCUCAUUUACAAUCAUGUUGUUUUUUUUUGAAAUCUUUAUUAAAAUGUAUUUCAAACAUUACGUCUC